UAUCUGAAUCGUUUUUAGCUCUGCUUAUUGCCUUUGGAAUAUACCCUUUUAGAGAGAGUAGGUGAAAAGUCAUAUUUCAAGUAAAGAAGCAAAAUCCCUUAGCUUUUUAUCUCCUAGACUUGAUUUAGACUAUAAUUUAGCUGAACUGUUUAUUAAAGAUUAUGGCAUUCGAUCAAAGCUCGUUACAGAAAGAUCUAAGUUCACUGAAUGUAGCUGGAAAGCCUGGAAUUGUAACCGAAGAGCCUCAAAUUGCGGAUGCGGUGGCAGCUACUACUAAUGCCCGUGGCAGAAACAUUGAAGGGUUUUGUCCCAACCCUUCCGGACCUGGUGUCUCUGCACGGAGGCCACACAUGCCUGUGCCUGUGCCGGUGCCGGUUGACGGGUUCUAUUAUAACCUGAAUUCGAGCAAUAUGGUGGUUGGUAAUGCCAUGGAUCAGGUAAGUCAUGGUUAUAGUCCUAGUUUGGGCAAUAGGAAUAGUGGGAAUGGAAGUGAUCAAUUGAGUAAUGAUAGGGUGCCUAUAGGUUUUGCACAUAGUUCCAAUAUAGGAAACAGGGGUAGUGGUAACAUAAGUGAUCAAUCAAUCAGUGACGUUAAACCGAAUUUAGGAUUAGGAAGUAACGGUAAUGGUGCCGAUCAGGUUAGUGAUGAGGGUGGGGAUGAUUCUGUGUCAAGGAAGAAGGUUAAGUUGUUGUGUAGCUUUGGGGGGAAGAUAUUGCCUAGACCGGGAGAUGGGAUGUUGAGAUAUGUAGGGGGGCAGACAAGGAUUAUUAGUGUUAGGAGGGAUGUGAGAUUCGAUGAGUUCGAGCGUAAAAUGGUCGAUGCUUAUGGACAAUCUGUGGUUAUAAAGUAUCAGCUUCCUGAUGAGGACCUUGAUGCAUUGGUUUCCAUUUCGUGCUCGGAUGAUCUUGAUAAUAUGAUGGAUGAGUGUGAGAGAGUGGUUGAAAGGUCUUCAGAUGGGUCUGCUAAAUUAAGGGUAUUUUUGUUUUCGGCUUUGGAACUUGAUCCUUCCUGUAUGGUUCAGUUUGGGGAUUUGCAGGACAAUGUGCAGAAAUAUGUUGAGGCAGUUAAUGGGAUUUUGGAUGGAGCUGCAGGUGGCAUCACGAGGAAGGCGAGCGUAGCAAGUGCUGGUUCAACUGAUAUUAGUGGGCUCGAGGCAGUCGAUAGCAUAGGUGCUGGUCAAGGGGAUGUUGGUGGGUCUCCACCAACAAAAAUGUUGUCACCUAGAGGGAAUUCAGGUACUCCACAUGAUUGUAAAUCAGCUGUUCAUUUAGGAAGUCCCGUGGUUAAGCCUGAUCAUCCUCAAACAUUGUUGUCUCAAUUUGAGGUUGAGUCAGGGCGGACGGUGCCCUUUACUUCGACUUCGCAGCAAAUGGGAUAUGAUUUGCAUCAACAUUAUGCAUCUACAUAUAUUGAUCCUUGCCAUGGUGUUAUGAACCAUACUGUGCAUAUCGCUCCUCAAAUGGGGUUCUCGACUCCUGAGUUGAUGGGAAAUACUGGUUCUGUAUUCAGCCAACAGGAGCUUAGUGAUGCUGCUGUUCCUUAUCAGUACAUUCCUGCUUUUAAUAUGACUAUGGCUCCCUUAAACUCCCAUGUUGGUAUUAGACCAGCCAUGGUGCAACCACUGAUGCAACACCAACAAACUCCGUUCGAGAGUUACCCUGGUGAAAAAGCAUUCGGAACAAGGGUAAUUCAGCAUCCUGUUGAUAUGAGCCACAAUGUUUAUCAGAACCAAAUUCCAUCAGCAAUGGUUGCAACAGGUUAUAAUUUCCACCAUAUUCCCCAAACUGAGAAUGUUGUCGUCUUCGACGGGUCACUGCCUAGGAAUGAAGUAUCUACUCCUCAAAAGAUACCAAGGAUAGAGGACUGCUUCAUGUGUCAGAAGUCAUUGACUCAUGAACAUUCUGAUCCCUCGGCACAGGACCAAAGAGAUGGAGGUGUAACACCUUUGGUAAAUACAGAUUCUAUUUAUCAUAGUCUGUAUCCUGAAGACUCGAUGGGAAUUUCAUUGGUAAACAAAGUCGUGGUGACUGGAAACAACGGCGUUGCCGAGCAACAAUCUGGGAUUCGACAUAUUGGCCACGUUGAUAAUCAGGUUGGAGGACUUCAGUCUGCAGCUGUUGGAUCUUCUCAAGAUCUUGAUGAUGCACAAAAUGGAGAUGAAAGAAAUAUUUCGCCAAGAACAGAUAAUUCUAAUCAUUGUAGGAGUCCAGCAAGCCAAGAUUUGAUGGAUUUGGCAGGUGAAUUGCAAUCACCAUAUGUUCUGCCGACGCAAUACCAGUUUCAAAUGGAGGUUCCAAAUUCUGGGGCAGUUGGCAUUCAAGCUUCAGAGCAGCCAGUGCAUGAAGCAUCAAAUGUUCAGGCUGUCUUUAAAGAAGAUCGCAUAGACCCUAACCAUCUGAUCAAAAUUGAUGUGGUGACAGAGACUCUACAGAUGAAAAAUGAGCAGACUAGUUUUCCUGUUGAUUCAGCACAUACAUUAGGAUUGGAUGAUGUUUCUUGGAUGCAACAGAAGAUUCCACAAAGCAAUACAGAAGCUGCUCCAUCAAAUGCUAUCAGCCAAGGUUACUUUUCGCCAUCCAAUAAAGGUGGAGAUGUUUUGGAUUCUUCCAACUCACUUUUUAGCAAUCAAGAUCCUUGGACUUUACAUCAAGAUACUUACUUCCCUCCUCUUACACCUAACAAAAUUCAAACAAAGAGAGAAGGAUUAGCUACCGGAGACCCUUUUGGAGAGAACCAGGCAGUAAUUGGUGGGGAAUCAAAUAUCGAAUCGGCGGAUGAAGUUCACCAACCUUUAAGUCAGUUAAACAAGAAUUCAGACCAGAUACAGUCUACUAAAGGCUCCUCCGAGGAUCUCGUCAAGAAAGAACUACAAGCUGUUGCCGAGGGAGUAGCUGCGUCUAUUUUCCAGUCGUCUUCGCAUUCCAAUCCCCAUAUAUCGACAGAGACCAAUGCAUCUGGUUAUGAAGGAAAUCAAGACAACAAUGUUUUACCUAGUGACAUUAAAAUGCAACAUAAAGCUAAAUUGGAGGAAAUCAAGACUAAACAGCUAGGUAAAACAAAUUUUGGUAUUCGAAUUUCUGACGGCAUCGGUCGCUUGCAGAUUAUAAAAGACAGCGACCUUGAAGAGCUGAGGGAGAUUGGUUCUGGCACCUUUGGUACUGUUUAUCAUGGGAAGUGGCGAGGUACUGAUGUUGCAAUUAAACGAAUCAAUGAUAGAUGUUUUGCCGGAAAAUCCUCUGAACAAGAACGCAUGAUCGAUGAUUUUUGGAAUGAAGCUAUUAAGCUUGCUGAUUUGCAUCAUCCAAACGUCGUGGCUUUCUACGGUGUCGUGCUUGAUGGUCCCAGUGGUUCUGUGGCAACAGUGACAGAAUAUAUGGUUAACGGUUCUUUAAGAAAUGCUUUGCAGAAGACCGAGAGGAAUCUUGAUAAGCGUAAACGGAUUUUGGUUGCCAUGGAUGUGGCCUUCGGAAUGGAGUAUUUGCAUGGGAAGAACAUAGUGCACUUUGAUUUGAAGAGUGAUAAUUUACUUGUCAAUCUCCGAGACGCUCAUCGCCCGAUAUGCAAGGUUGGUGAUUUGGGCCUAUCCAAGGUGAAAUGUCAAACUUUGAUAUCAGGCGGCUUACGUGGAACACUUCCGUGGAUGGCACCGGAACUUCUGAAUGGCAGCAGCAGUCGCGUCUCGGAGAAGGUCGAUGUAUUCUCGUUCGGUAUCGUGAUGUGGGAGCUUCUCACAAGAGAAGAGCCAUAUGCAGACUUGCACUAUGGCACUAUCAUUGGUGGCAUUGUGAGCAAUACACUCCGUCCACCGGUCCCGGAAUCAUGCGAUCCGGAAUGGAGAUCGUUGAUGGAGAGAUGCUGGUCAGCAGAGCCAUCAGAGAGACCGAACCUCACCGAGAUCGUGAACGAGUUACGCUCGAUGGCGGCGAGAAUUUCACCCAAAGGACAGAACCCACAGUGAAGUUAACAACCCCGAGUCUCAAAACGAAUUCGAA